CGUUCAUCUUGUUCCGGUGGGCGCAGCAGCAGGCACUAUCCUAGAACUAGAAACAAGACUCAGCCCAGUCCAGACUCGGCUACAGCACCUUUCUUUGACCAUAGAAUCUACCUUACACAACUACCUACUACUCUGGAAACAGGCUUUUCUUUCACCUUCAUCCAAACUUCACCUGUAGCGACAACUUCAAAGUAUAACCAACCCCAAGAACUACUGCUCACUCUAUACGAACUGCUCAAGCGACUGACUACGGUAUUCACUCCACCUGUUAUUCUAGACUAGACUAGAACCCAGUCCACAGUACACACCUUAGUUUCUCAUCCCCACCCACUUGUUUCUAAUCGAGGCUUUUGAUCCAAUCCAAUACUGACCUGCCAAUCGGCAGUUUGUAUCACUGAACCCCUGAAACCUGCCAUCUGAUUGAUUUCACAUUGGAGCCAAGGACGAAAGCCAUUAAAAAAAAAAGCACCCCACACCAUUGUGCAUUCAGUAAUCACAUAUUUGACAUUGGGCGCUACCGGAAAGCGGUUGCUUACAGACAAGAACCAAGCUUCAAGAAGAAACAACAAAAUUGAUCAGAUCGACAAAACGUUCUCCUAUAAUCGGUUCAUAUACAUAAUUUCCCACUGCCCUCCUCCCCUGUCAUCAUGGGUCUACGUGAUAUGCUGAAGAAGAAGGAUUACAUCGACGCGGAUGGUCCCGGAGCCGACAAAGAAACAGUGGAUCAAUUCGGUGCCCAACGGCAAGGACACCUACGCCACCCCGUGACUUUUAUCAGGACCGACACCUUCAACCACGAAGUCAUACAGCCGCCCGGAGACCCCGCAGAAGAGCAUGACGGCGGCAGAGACAGGGGGAACAGCAUUCAGGGCGGCGAAAACAACUUUUUGUCGCCAGACGGUUCCAAGCGCCGCAGCUUCUUCUCGUCCGGGUCGCCGCGGUCGCGGGGCUCGUCGGUGUCGUCGGCGCACAGCCCCUCGACCGACGGCGGCCACAAGGACAAGGAAAAAGUGUUCCGCCGGCUGUCGCAACGUCUGCACCUGGCGCGGUCCCCGCCCUCGAGCGAACACGUGCCGCAGAACCUGCCCGAGAUCGUGGUGCGGCCUGAAGAUGAGGCGAACCCGGCCCUCGAGUCCAAGUGGGAGGAGCGCGCCACCAUCCUGGCCAUGGAGAACGAGCGCGUCCUGAGCCGGCCGCCGUCCCCGCCCGGCGGCGGCGGCAGCAGCGGCGGGGAUAUGUCGAGCAACCUCGCGCAGAUGUCCAUUGACGACCACGGCGGGCCUUCGAGCAGGAAGCGCAGCCCCAGCGCCGUGUCGAGCAAGGCCGUGGACGACAACAUCCAGGAGGCCAUCCGCCUGCACGAGUCGGGUGAGCUCGAGCGGUCGACCAUGCUCUUUGGCAAGCUGGCCGACCCCGAGGGCGACAACAACCCGCUGAGCCAGGUGCUCUACGGCCUGGCCCUGCGACACGGCUGGGGCUGCCAGCCGGAUCCCGAAGGCGCCGUCCACUACCUCUCCAAGGCGGCUUCCAACGCCGCGACCGUAGAGACGUUGGCUCUGCAGGCCGGGAUGAAGAAGGGAGGAGCUGCCAAGGGUGAGCUCGUCCUGGCCAUCUUUGAACUGGCCAACUGCUUCCGCCACGGCUGGGGUGUGCAGAAAGACCCGGUAGCAGCAAAACAGUAUUACGAGACUGCGGCAAAUCUUGGAGACACAGAUGCAAUGAACGAGGUGGCUUGGUGUUACCUGGAAGGCUUUGGCUGCAAGAAAGACAAGUUUGCAUCUGCCAAGUAUUAUCGUUUGGCUGAAAAGAGCGGCAGCAAAACACUAGGCAAUUCAUGGAUCUGGAAGGAAAAGUACGAUCCCGGCUACAGCGGAAAGAAGAAAUAAUUCCACACAAAGGGAAAAGUUGAUAUCAGUUAUGCACCUUACCCAGAUGCCGGGAACAGGCGCGUUCCAGGGGAAUGCAGAGUUGUGCAGACCUGCCGGUCCUGUUUUUGGGUCCGCGUCCACGGUUGAGACGGGCCGCGGAGCGACCCCCCAUCCUUCCUGAGAUAUUGGGUCGUCUAACAACAAAAGCUCAACAGUAAACCCAUUGUUGAGGCCUCCCGGAUAGCUGUGGCGUUUUACAGUAGAGACGCGUAACUGCUCUCGUCUGGGCAUGGAGGCUACUGCGAAAACAAAGACAUGAUCGUGGGGUCUUGUCUAGGGCCAUAAACAGCCGAGUCGCGGGGGAAGAGGGGGCUUGGGCUGCGUGUUGACCUUAGCCAAGAGAGCACAAUCUUUACUGGGUACUGGCUGUCGAGAUAUUCGGUAUCGGUGGAAUUACAAGUACCUGGCCGCAAAACCAAAGGUACUUACGUGACAGAUGGAUCAUCGGCAAGACCAAUAUCAAGUAUUCCAAUGGUGUGUAUAAGGAAGCCAAUUCCGGUUACAAUCACGAUUCAGUCACCAAGAAAUAAUCAUCCGAAGCAAACCAACUGCCAUGUCAUCUAUCCGGUAUACGUCUUGGUGUGGCUGUCAUCAGCUGCAGUGGCGCGCAAUGUUUAUUUUUCCUUGGGUCACACCCACUACAUGACAGCCUUCCUUCCUUUUAUCUCUUCGUUCCCAGUGAUCGUUGCACGAACCAGAAUGCACUGUUUUCUCCCAAUCCCCACGUCGCACUGAUAGCCAACAUUUUUCAGUUCGGAAAGGUGGGCACUGGGCAGGCUUCUAGCGUUGGUCGGUUGGUGUUCCCCCACCUCCCAUUUUCGUUUGUCUGUGACGUUUUGCUACAAAAGCCGAACAAAAUUUGACGUGUGAUUGUGAGACACUAUUUUCCCUACCUAUUUGCCGGUGGUUCUGUCAUGACUUAUGUAAGUCAACUUUUUUUUUUUCUUUCUUUCUUCUCGUUCCCUACCUUGAAUAUUCUGAUGUGGCUCAUCUCUCCCUUCAACAAAGCCUGACAAAGAAGCCUAUCAGGC